AUGCAAGUGUCCCAGUCGCAGUUACGACGGCGCAUCCUGCUGGUUGCGCUCGCACUGGCGGCCAUCACCAUCUGGUCCCUCUGCCAGUCUCCAUCGAAACAGAAUGAAAGCAGCACAUCUGCCAAUGCCAACUUCUGGAAACAAUUCCAGCCGCUGUUGACAGCUUACGCACCCAACUGCGAUCCACCGACUAAAUUCGGGGAUGCACCGUAUCAAGGAUUCGAUCCGUUCAGCACAAAGCAGCCACCGAGCAUGCUGCAGAUGCCUCCGCAAGAUGUAGCACAGAUGAAGAGUGCGCAUGGUCAAUUUGUCGACGCCAUCUCAUCAAACCCUCCAGCUCUGCCGUAUAAACAAGGAACGCGGGGAAUAGUCUCUACCGCAGGAGGGUCAUAUCUGCCUGUUCUGGUCAUCUCACUGCGGAUGCUGCGCAAAACAGGCUCAACACUCCCUAUGGAAGUCUUUCUUGCCGAUUGGACCGAGUAUGAAGGAUACAUCUGCAAUGUUGUUCUCCCAUCGCUCAAUGCAAAGUGUGUCGUGCUCUCAGAGAUCCUGGAUGGAGUCCCUGGCAGCAAAAGCAACAUUGAGAAAUACCAAUACAAACCAUUCGCCAUGCUGUUCUCUUCCUUUGAGGAGAUCCUCUUUCUAGACGCAGAUGCAUUCCCCCUUAAACAGCCAGAGCUGGUAUUCUCCAGUGAGCCAUUCAAGUCAAAUGGCCUGAUUACCUUCCCUGAUUUCUGGGGCACGACUGUGUCUCCUCUAUACUAUGAAAUCUCAUCGCAGCAGCAGCCAGCACCCAACCUGCGACAGGCUUCGGAAUCAGGAGAGAUAUUCAUCUCUAGAAAAAGCCAUCUCAAGACUCUUCUGCUAUGCACAUAUUACAACUUUUACGGCCCAUCCUAUUACUACUCUCUCCUUUCCCAAGGCGCCGCAGGUGAAGGCGACAAAGAAACCUUCAUCGCAGCAGCAACUGUCAUGAACGAACCAUUCUACCAAGUCAGCGAGCCCAUCCAUGCUCUGGGACGCCAUGCGAAAGAUGGCUUUGCAGGAUCGACCAUGGUCCAAUCCAGUCCUAUCGACGACUAUGCUUUGACGAAAAAGGGAGUACGGCGAGUCAAAGGCGAUACUGCACCUGCGCCCAGUCCAUUCUUCAUCCAUGCAAACUAUCCCAAGUUUAAUCCGGCGACGAUAUUUGUUAAAAACGGGCCUGCGGUAAGAGAGGAUGGGAGCUAUACGCGUGCUUGGACGGCGCCGGAAGACGUGGUGGCGAUGUUUGAUUCGGAUGUUGAGAAGCUGUUUUGGACGGAGAUUAAUUGGACGGCGUGUGCGUUGGAAGAGAAGAUUAUAAGUUGGAAGGGCGAAUCUGGAAUUUGCGACCGGGUGGAAGAAUACUGGAAGACGAUGUUUGGAUGA